UUACAGUACAAGAGAUUUUAGACGGAACAGUGAGGAAGGGUCAGAAUCAGUGCAGACCUCUGACACAGAGGCUACAUCUUUCUCCUCUGAUUUCUCUUUCAUUUCACGGCAAGAUGAAUCAAUGACUUCCCUCGAUAAAACACUUUUGAAUGAAAACCAAGAAUCGUUGUUCAGUAAACUUCAUUCUGCAAGUAACCCGAACACUAGUCUGAAUAAGAGUCCAGCUCACAACAGCUCUCCAGUGCAAGGGAGAAACUUCCCCCACCUAGAAUCCGCAACAGUAAGUGUUGUUGAAAAUGCAGAAUGUCGUAGGUGUAAAGCAAUGCAGUCCGAUGUUGGAUGUCAAAGUCAGACAUUGUGUGCCUGCUCCUGGAGCAGUGGUGAAACUGUUACACCUUCAGGUGACUUUGACGAUUUCAAAUUACGUGGCAUUGGUUUAACAGAAACUGUAAAAACUGGACAUCAAGGAAACCCAGGAGAAUCAAAGCUGUGGAAAUGUGAUAUAAAAAAUGGUUGCCCUACGGACACUGAUGUACUUGGCUGCCAAACAGAUUUUGAUAAGCUUUCCCUCCAGCAGCAGUUCUCACAGUUAAGCUUUAGAGACACUCCAGAUUCCACCAAUCCUCAACAAGUAGAUGAGAGUAUUACUGACAAUCCUUUGGCCUUCUGCUCUGCUACAAAAGUUCUUGGUAGCCUGUCUACUUCCAAAGAGAGCCUCAACUCUGCCCAGGGUAUAUACAAACUGCUGAAUAACUAUAACAACAUGCAUCAUGUGAUAUACAGCCUGUUGUCAGGGCGACCAGUCAUCGUCAUAGCAACAGCAGCAUUUGAAAAAGAUGUUAAGGAAAUAGUACGAGCCCUCCAGCAUUUUCUGCCAAACAACCCUAGGUGUCCAGGUGGUGCCCACCCUAACAGCCAUUUGACCUGGCUGUCUCACCUUCCUAAAAUCACAGACCUAGGAGGGAUGAAACUUGUAGGGGUGUGUCGACCGGAGAAGAAACCAAUGGACAGACUCAUCACUCCAGCAUUUAAAAGAUUUGUCACAAUACUUGAUGUGGACAGAAGGGUACUACUUUCUCCAGCUUAUCAGGGAAGUUUUCUUACCCUUCUCACCAGCAAGAAGAAAUCCUUCAAGUUUGAGUCUGAUGCCUUGUUGGCCUAUAUUAAGGGAUUGCUGUCAGAAAUCUCAUCAAAAGCUUUCAUCUUCUUCCACCUCUUCUGUCUGGGGAAUGCCGGCACUAUUGCAAGUGGCUACAGUCUUCAUGCUCGGAGCAAGUCAUUCCAACAGACCGUGGUGGCCUUCCUCACCAGGUUAGGGGCACUUGACAGUGAUGCAGUCAUUGUACAGUACUUGGCCGAGAUGAUAAAACACCAGCAUAUUGAGAACCACUACUACACCACCAGUAAUACAGGAGUGCCAGUCAGACCUCUGCUCCUACGUACCCAAAACUGUCAGACAUUCAAAUGCUGAAUUUACAGAAUCUUCUUACUCAGUCAUCACGGUUAAAGAGAAGUCUUCAGAUGGAGACAACACCAUAUAUAAGGUUGUCCUUCAGAUCUGUGGUUUCACAAAUCAGUUAUUGUUAGCUCGCUUUUUCGAAGAAGAGGGACCAGAAAGCUAGCUAAUGGUGUCAUCCCAGCGUUGGCGUUGGUUUUCUAUUAACAUUUUGCCAAAUAUCAAUAUGCCGUUCAACACUUGCACCAAAAUGUGUAUACCAAAUAAUUUGGUUGAAAUUAGGCAUUAAUGCAUCACUCUAUAAUUGAACUAGGGUACUGAUAUUUGACAUAGGGUUCCCUUGGGGUUAAAAUAUUCACUACCAGAGUCAAACUAAGGAAUUUUGGGGGAAAAACCCUGCUUUGACAUGUUUUGGAAAUCAUAUUUGCAUUUUUGAAGACAUCAAUACCAAUUCAUAUAAUUAUUUGAAUUAUUUAUUGACAAAUAUUUUUGCGAGAAGAGCAAUGCUGUUCUACAACAGUUCUUGUUAUUACUUAAAGUUACCAUUAGGCCAUUACUCAAAAAACAUUCUGUUUCUUUUAAAAGUACAUUUGUAAAUAAUGUAUUAAGAUAUCUGCUACUUGCAAUUACAUGAAGUGUAUACUUUUGAAUUAUAUAACUGACAAAUUUCAUAAAAUGAUUUUUUUUUGGCACAGUAUUUUGUUGUAAAAUAGAUCAAUGUAAUUUAAAAACUAGACACAUGUAAAGUGAAUUUUAAAUGAAAAUUGUUGUUUAUUGUGUUAUACAUCUAAAAUAAUGACUGAAAUAUACUCCAUGUUAAAUGUGUUACUCAUAAUGAUGAUUCUUCUUUUGCUACAACUUGUUUUGUAAUCUGGCAAAUUUUGAUGAAACAAAAGAUUUUUGAAUCCAAUAUUUAUAAUUAUAUUAAUUAUAUAAUUAUUGGCAAGAUUAAAACUGAAAUUUUUAAAUCCAAUAUUUAUGUAUAUUAAUUAUAUAAUAUAAUAAUUAUUAGCAAAAUUAAAACUUCUGAAGCUGAAGAUUUUAAAAUCCAAUCCUUUAAUGACAGUGCUAUUUAUGUUCUUUCUAGUUGGGAUUUAAAAAUAGUCCCUCAAUUAGUGAAUGGGAUUUGAGAAAACAUAUAAAAGUAUAACCCAAACAGGAGAAUAUCAAAUGUAAUGAUAUAUGAUACGGGUGUUCUGAAUUAGUGUUCCGCAAGUGAAAUGUGUCUCACAGAGAUGGGAGAAAAUACUUCUACCUGUAAAUACUCACAGGCCUGGAUUGUCUUAUGUGUUAGUAGCAAUGUUCAGAAAAACUUACUUAAAGUGUUGUUGAAUAUCAAAAUUAUGUUGUUAAUCAUAAGGAAUGGGUGGUGCAAUAGGGAUAUAUAGUUUACACAGUGCCAAAUCAUUGUUUCUUUGAUUGUAGUUAUAAUUAAGGUGUAUCUAUCACACAUUAAAAAGUGAUGUUCCGAUUGUCUUGUAAUUAUUGUGAGGAUUGUGUGUGUAACAUUCCAUGAAAUUUGUAUGGAGGUAUUCAUCUUUCCACGAGUACAAAUCCUUGACAAAUUUCAGUAUUUUAUUGAUUUAUUACCAGAUAAUCAUGUAUAUUGUAUCAAUAUGAAAGAAAAUGUUGAAUGUUUUAUUUCAGUUAAAUGUUAUUAGGUUCGGUUGAUUUAGUUUAUAAACACGUGUACGCUACUGCUAGUAAUCAAAUAGUUUGGAAAACAAUUUAAGCUAAUUUAUGAUUUGACAGGUAAAUGAGAAGUCCUCAAAUUAAGGAUUUAAAAAAGGGUUAUAUUUUUAAAGAUUUUUACACCGUAUUAUUUUUCAUAAUAGUCUGAAUUUUAAUUUUUGAAAAAAAUAUGACAAUUGUCUGAACAAUUAAAAACAAAUUUGUUUGAAUCCUUUCUAAAAAUAUUUUUAUUUUGACUGGUAUACAUUAAUGAAUUAAUUAAAAGUACAAUGUAUUCCUGCAAUCAGGUUAAUAUGCAGUGAGAUAGAUUAUCCCUUUCCAUACACCUGUACUUUUUUAUAUAUAUAUAUAUACAAAUAUAGUAAGGAGUACUUACUUGUCAUAUGACGAUUUCUGUACUUACAUCAUUUUUGAAUGAUGGACCAUGUUUGUUAUUUUUUCUGUGGAUCAAUCAUUCGAUAUCCUAGAAAUAAUUUAUAUAAUACAGCAGGAAUUUUGUUGUUUAAUUUGGUUGUUUUCGAAAAUUUGAAUCUUUCAUUUUUGGAGUGCCCACCAGGAUAUGUGUAUUCACUUUAAUUUCACAGACAGACAUUUCUUCUAGAUGUAACAUUGUUUGCUUCCAGUCAGGAAAUAAGUUUUCAGUUCACCUGGUCCGAAGAUCUUGAGCGCUUAUGCCAUGGUGCAGUGUUGAGGAUUUGUCAUCCAUCAGCUUUUCAUAAAAACACUACAUGUCAUGAAUAUCUUAGUUGAUUUUAACUAACGUUGGUCUGAAGAAUCCUUGGUUGAUGGGGGAACCAAUUUUAUUUGAUGGGUGGUUCACCCAAUUUAAAUGUCAAUUAAAAAAAAAAAAAAAAAAUAAUAUCCACAAAUGAACAUUUGCAAUGACAUUAUGAAGCAAAAUUAGUUUGGAUAAACUGGACACCAACUGACCAAAGAUCAAGGUCACUGGUUCAAUUGUCAAGGAUGAAGUUGAUCCUUGCUGAAAUAAAACAUCAAACCUUGCACAUGGGUAUUAUAGCUGUAUUUAAAUUUCUCUUGGCUAAGCAAACAUGGAUGUGGAAAGAAACAAGAGUCAAAUCAAAGUUCAUGUAUAAUUUAUAUUACCAGGUAAUUGUUUCCUACUUGCAAUUAUUUUUGAAGUCCAAAUAUCAACCUCACCAAUAAGGGUAGAUGGGGAAUAUAUACAGCAACAGGACAGGGCCCUUGCUGGCUGUUGGCUUUCAAGUUUGCUUUCAAUUUUCUUAUGAACCGGAAAGUUAAUUAUUAAUUAAAGGAAAGUAUUGACAGCAAUGCAUGGAACCGAGUGGUAUAUCUCCAAAUGGGAAUAGUAUUUAUAAUAUAACUCCUGAGUGCUUUGUCAUAAUCACUGAAUUAUCCAGGUGAGUGGUUCAGGCCCCAUGGACCUCUUGUUUUGAAAGUUUGUAUGGAAGUAUACUGUUCCACAGAUUUAAGAAUGGUUAAUGAAUUGUGGAGAUGGUUUGUUUACUUCACCUAUGCUGUUUUUGUAGAUUACGGCAGACAAAAUGUAAUUGGCCCUUGUUCCCUACAGUUUGUCAGUCUGUAUGACUGUUGUUAUCCGUUCAUUAUUCAAAUACUAGAAGCCUAACAAUUCAGCUGCAUAUAUAUGUAUAUUAAUUAACACAUAUUAAAACAUACUACAGCAGUACAUUCAACCUUUUCUUCUGAUUCACUGGUUUUUAGGUUAUCUGUUUCUGAUUCACUGGUUUUUAGGUUAUCUGUGACAAAGACUUUAGUGCCCUUUAAUUUUCUAAUCACCCUUUGUUUGUUGUCCGUUAUCUGUUCAUUUUACAUUUUCAACUUCUUCUCAUUAAGCAAGAGGCCCAGAAACCUGAUAUUUGGCCUAUAGCAUGCCGGGAUGAGGGGCUAUCAGGCUUAUUCAAAUUAAUGACCUUGACUUUUAUUCGAGGUCACAGGGGUCAAAUAUGCUAACAUCUUUAAACGCCUUUUUAUUAAGCAAGAAGCCCAGAGACCUUAUGUUAGGCAUAUAGCAUGCUGGCCUGAAGGUCUAUAAAAAGUUUCAAACGAAUGACCUUGACUUUCAUUCAAGGUCAGUUAGGGUCAAAUAUUGUCCAGGGUAAAUAUUAAAUGUUGAAUCUUUCUGUUAUGCACAAAUAUACUAGUUGCUCUUGCCAGCAGAUAUUGACAAACUCCUGAUGUUACUACCACAUGAAUCUUACAUGAGAUAAUAACCAAUACCUGCUAAAAACAUCAGAUAACUUUGCAUAGCAAAAAACUCAAUGGCACAAACUGAUGACCUUGAGCUUCAAACAAGGCCACCUGGCUCAAAUAUGCAAAAAUCUUUUAAAAGUCUUCUUCUUUAGAACCAACACUUAGAAACCUGAUAUUUGGUUUGUAGCAGGCUUAGGAAUAACAACAUUGACCACAAAUUCACUGUUGCAGGAAUCAAAUCUGCCCAAAUAUAUCAAACACAGAUGACCGUUAAAGUUCAAGGGCCUCUUGUAACAUUUAAUUUAGACUUAGAUUUUUGAGUACCGCCUGGUCUAGCAGUCCUAUUGAAGCUUUAAACCUGUCCAGUAUAUAUGUAUUAUGAAUUUUAAAAUCUAUGCAAAUUUUGUCAUUUUUAUUAAAAGAAUAUGUCUGGUCUAAUUUUUUUUUUUGAAAGAUAGUCACAGAUAAAUUGUGAAAAGUGAUAUUCUCAAACCGAUUAAAACAGUUUCAAUUAAUUUUUAUUUCAAUUACAACUCAAAUAUAAUGAUGAUGUGUGUCAAAUAUGUUACCACCUGAAUUUUCAUUUAUGAACCAAUAUCAUUGUACAGGGUGAUUUGUAGUAUUAGCUGUGAUCAUGUUCUGUAUCAUUAUGUGAAAGUGUGAAUUUCAGAAAUCUCGCGAUCAAUACCUGUCCCUAGGGUCCUGGUCCUAUCCACAACGACGGUAGAAAUUAAAGAUAGAUGUAGUCAAGAUUUAGUCGUUUGUACACCAAUGGCAGGGUGGUUUUCCUCCAACACAAACACAAAAAAAGCUUUGUGGCAUUGCUAUUAAAGUAUAUACAUAACUUUUAUUUGAUGUUGAUCAUAUACAAGAUGGAAAAUGAAGAUUAUGGUGCAACGUAAUUUACAACAUGUACAUCACUUAACUAUAUACUAGAUAAUACAUGAUACAAAAUGUAAAUUUUGUUAGAUUAGAAAAUCUGUCACUGUAUAACUGUAUAUUUACACAUGAAACAAUAGUUACUGUUACAAGAUAAUUAGAGUAAUGCAUUUUUGUGUAUAGACGAGUAACUGUUAUGAUGAAACAUAAAAUGAAAUUAUAUUCACGACGGCAAGGGAUUGUGCAAGAUUGUUGAAAAUGUUAUCCGUACUGUGUUGUUUUGUAAUAUUAAUGUUUGUAACCAGAUUUUUAUUAAAUAUCAGAUGGAUAACAUAUCAUUCUGUACUCUCUGUUGAAAUAAAUUUACAUAGACUUGA